AUGGACCCUUCCCGUGCCCCACACAAAGCAAAUGCCGGUUGCAGAAGGGACCCACCUACUACGGAUACGGAAAAGGAAGACAUCGUGAACCCAUGGCUAGCGCAGAAGGGACCUCCCUUCACCGGAGCUAGCAGGCCACCUCCACCGGAACUGCUCAUGAAGACGCUUACGACGCGACAAUGGAAGGCCCUCAUCAUCGGAAUGCUUGCCUGGUGGCUUACGAGAAGCGAAAUACUCACUGCUCUCAUCCUGAUCCUGACGGCAUUCGAGGAAACCCCCAGGACGGGAUCCCCCGACCCUCUCAAAGGCGCGAAUUGCAAGGAAAAACAUUGCAACGACUCGGAAUCAUCUGAUCAAACAACGACAACCACAGAUAUCGUACCGAUGGCUCAGAACGACAAAAGCCUUGAUACCGUGCCAAAGAGCGACACUGGCCAAAGCACGGAGGCCAAGAACGACACCGAGGCGACGGUCAACAAGGCCCUCUUCAACCUGUUCCAGGAACUCAUGACCAAAGGAUCAAAUGGUCCUUCGUUUGCGAUCCCGCUCCACCCACUCCCUGCCUUCAAAGGGAAAGAUGUGACUGAGUACCUGCGAAACUUCAACCAGCAAGCAGAACUCAUGAAUAUUUCUGAAGACAAAAAAGCCGGGACUCUUUGA